AACCCUACUUCUCCCUCUUCUUGAAAUCGAUCUCCUUCUAUGGUUGCCAUCCAAGAUCUCUUAAAUUUUAUGGGAUUGUCUGCUGAGAGUGAAGAUUUCCCCGAACAAAUUGAAAUCUUGUAGCUCCGAUUCCUUCUUAUCAGCACUUCUUCCAUGUAAUCUAGGGUUUGAUUCUGGUUAUAACCCAUUACGCCUGGCAAUCAUAGCUAGCAGAUUAAACUAUGGCCCCAGGAAGUAACAAGAGAAAAGGUGGGAAUGCCAUUGAAGUAUCAAAGAAAGCACCAUCUGAAACAAGAACAUCCCAAGCACUGAAGCCUGAAACAAAAAUUGCAAAGAAAGAUCCAAAUCAGAGCUUGGCCAAAAAAAAAGAAUCCAAAAGAUCUCCAGAGGUUCAAGUAAAACCUGAGAAUAAGAAUGAAGACUACAAAAACAAAGAAAAAGAUGUGGCCAAUAGAAAAGAGAAUGGAAAGACACAGGGAAAGGACCACAGAGAUCAAAAUGAUGAAGAGAAGCUUGGUGGGCUGAUAUUCAUGUGCAAUGGAAAAACCAAACCUGAUUGCUUCCGUUACAUGGUCAUGGGUUAUCCACCGAACCAGCAAGAGCUUGUAAAGAGUAUCAAGCCUGGUCUAAAGCUCUUCCUAUAUGAUUUUGAUGUUAAGCUUUUGUAUGGCAUCUAUAAGGCAUCAUCUGCAGGUGGGAUGAAACUUGAGCCAUCUGCUUUUAAUGGGUCCUUUCCUGCACAGGUCCAUUUUGAGGUUCACAUGGAUUGCUUGCCUCUGCCAGAAAGCGUCUUUAAGAAGGCAAUCGAGGACAAUUAUGAAGGCAACAAGAAUAAGUUCAACAUUCAACUAACUGUCCAGCAAGUGAAGAAGCUUACUGUGCUAUUUCGCUCUUCUCCUAAGCUCCAAUCGAAUAUUGAGGUCCAUGCUCGUACUCCACAGCCAGCUCCAGUCCCCGCACCACCAAGGACUACUAGGCCAUCAGUAGAAGCACCUCUGCAUAUGCACCAAGAGACAUUGGCCAGGGGUCCAUAUGGCCUUGAUAAAGCCAGGAGCUACUAUAAUGCACCCCCUUACAAGGAGACUCCGCCAAGGGACUCUGUUCUAUAUGAUCCUCUUUCUCGCACUGAGGAGCAUCGAGAAUAUGGUCUCAAGCAAGAUCCCCCAAUGCCUGCUCCUGCUUCCAUGUCAGGCUUGUCCCAUGGAACCUGGGAUGCUGCACCACCAAGGUCUUUUAUACCAACAGUAGAAGCUCCCCUGCAUCCAUACCCAGAAACAUUGGCCAGAGGUCCAUAUGCCUUGGAUGAAGCCAGGAGGUAUUACAUGCCGCCUUUACACCUACAGACCUCUUCAGCACCAAGUGAUUUUGCUCGACCUGAUCCGCUUUCUCUGACCGACGAGGAGUAUCGGAAAUAUUGUCUGAGGCGAGAACCACCUUCACACAUACAGACCUCUUCAGUACCUAGUGAUUUUGUUCAACAUGAUCCUCUUUUUGUGACUGAGGUGGAGUAUCAGAAAUAUGGUCUGAGGCGAGAACCUCUGAUACCAGCUCCUGCUUCCUCCAUCUCUGCUCCUUCGACGUUGGACGUGUCCCAUGGAAGCAGGGAUCUUAAUUAUCCUAAUGAAACUGUGCUAUAUCAAUCUAGUAGAGCGCUAUAUCAAAAUCCUUUGGAUUAUCAGACAGAUCUCUCCCAGAGGAGAGUGGAUGAGACACAGUAUAAGUUACUGCCGGUGGCUGAACUUCCACUUUCCCGACCAGCAUCUCGUCUUACCGACUUGUAUGGUGUAUCCAGGCGAGGUGAGGUUGAAUAUGGAGAGCAGGUCAUUGAGCCUGAAAGAUUGCAUUCUACUCGUGCAGCUGAUUCUCUCUCAGAUUACAACCAGAGAUACCGACAUCUAGAUAGCAGGACCGAAGUUCAGUCCCUGCCUGUAUCAUCUCGAUACUCCUUUACUGGUCUUCUUAUUCGUACAGAUGAGUCUUCGAGGUAGCCUGAAACAGGAAGAUCCUGCCAUUGCUUAAAGACUAAAGGCAUUUGGUGCAAUGUCCUAGAAAAUGCCAAUUCCAGGCACUUUGUUCGCUUAUUGGAUAUUCUAUGUAUUGGUACAUGCUCAGAAUGUAGUAUUCUAUAUUAAAUUAUUAGAUGAGUGAGCCCCUACACGUGUCCUGUUAGCAAUAUUUAUGGGCUGCAAGUAUCUUAUCUGCUGCGUCAGUGCUAAAAGUUCUCUUAAAUUUUUUAUUUGGAACUUGAUCAUUCAGUCUGUGACUCUGUUGACAGAAGUUGCCAAUAUGCUUGUUACAUUUACUCUGAUCCUGUACUGCAAUUGUCCAAUGGGGCAGAGUGGUCAGCCAACAUAGUACAUAAAACUGAAUUAAAAUUGUGCUUAUGGCUUGGGUA